UGGUUCUGGUCGGUUGAUCUGGGCAGCAUGUCUAAGGAUUCACUGCCGGUCUUGCUCCUUACACUGGCCAUGGUCCUGCCUGGCCCCCUGGAUGCCCAAGAGAUCAAGAUUGCCUCUGAGGGGAAUUCCAUCAACAUCACCUGCUCUACAAGUGAGGACUUGCAGGGGAUCUACCUGAAGAAGACCUGGCCCAAGACCUGGCCCAAGAAUGAGAAUGUGAUUUACUUUGAAGAUGGGGAAAACCCCACAGUAAACGAGACCUUCACAGGCCGAAUUGAUUUCUCCGGUUCCCAGAGCAACCUGACCAUCACCAUGCGCCUCCUCCGGCAGGAAGACUCUGGCAUCUACACCUGCCACGCUAACACAAAAACCAAAAAAGAUGGCCCAUCCACCAUGGUUGUGGUGACAGAAAAAGUGUCCCUAGAGACAUACAGAUCCCAGGAACCUCAGGGGACAUCCAUUUCCCUCCUGGCUGUCAUGGCUGUAGGCUUCUUCCUCAUUGGGCUGGUGUUCGGGAUGCUGUGCAUGCUGAGGAAGACACAGAUCAAGGAACUGUGUGCCCCAAGGAAGAAGGACUCACGGUGUGUAGUGUAUGAAGACAUGUCCUACAAGCACAAGACUCCAUGCGCCCUCAACCCGUACCAGUGAGCCCCUCUACCC